AGCGUGCCGACGGAGCCUGCCCGAGAGAGACCCCCCUUUAUGUACAAUCCUUGGCGCAGCGCCGGAGCGUCGGGAGCCUUGAAUUGCGGCGGCGGCGGCGGCAGCGGCGACAGCAGCAGGAGAGGCAACCUCAGGUGUCCUGGUGUUGCGCUGCGAAGGAUGAAGGGCUUCCUCCGUUUGGUUUUGGGCUACCUGGCAGCAGACCUCCUCCCCCCUCUCCUGUGUCAGGCGCAGGAGAAAGUCGGGCAACACCUGGGCAGCAUCGUGAUGCUGUUCGACUCCGGCGGGAACCACAGCCGAGCGGGUGAGCCUCCACCCGCCGACGCCUCGGAGCCGCCCCCCAGCCCGGAAGCAUGCCGGGGCUACUUUGAUGUGAUGGGCCAGUGGGACGAGGCUUUCAACUGCAGCGUCCGCGGCUACCCAUUUUGCUGUGGCACGUGUGGCUUCCGUUUCUGCUGCCAGGAUCAGAAGAGGCGGCUGGACCAGGACGUUUGCACCAACUAUAUCAAGCCCCCCUGGCUUAACGGGCGCAAGAUGACCAACCGCCCCAUGGACUCAUCCCAUGACCCCACCCGUGACAAGACCAAUCUCCUUGUCUACAUCAUCUGUGGGGUGGUUGCUGUGAUGGUUUUGGUGGGCAUCUUCACCAAACUGGGGCUGGAGAAAGCACACCGGCCCCAGCGGGAACACAUGUCCAGAGCUCUGGCAGAUGUGAUGCGACCAGAAGGUGCCUGCAUGACAGAUCACAUGGAAACCGAUCUCAAUAUUGUGGUUCACAUGCAGCAUUACGAGAACAUGGAGACGAGAGCACCUGCUAACAACUUACACGCAACCCAGAUGAAUAAUGUUAUGCCGACAUCACCUCUACUUCCACAACUGGCUCACCCACAUUCUUUCCCAAGCAUGGGGCAGAUUACAAAUCCAUAUGAACAGCAGCCUCCAGGAAAGGAGCUGAAUAAGUAUGCAUCCCUGAAAGCAGUAGCAGACAAAGGUAGCGACGAUUUCUACUCCAAACGGCGUCAUCUGGCCGAGCUGGCUGCGAAAGGGAGCUUACCUCUGCACCCGGUUCACGUGGAAGAGGACCGGCCCUACAUUUUGGAAGGGGGCACCAUGAAACAAAAUGGACAGAAGUCCAAAGCCGCCAGGCCACAUAUGCACCCCUUGGCUUACAAGACCUGGGAUCCUAGCGACCAGUCCCUUCGGAGGCAAGCCUACGCCACCAAAGGGAGGAAUCUCAUGGGCGAUCCCACCGCCAGAGACCCACUGACCACACGGAGUCAGCACUAUUUACCCACACAGCCAUAUUUCAUCACUAACAGCAAGACAGAAGUGACUGUUUGAGAACAAAUUCCCUCUGGGCUCCUUUUUUAAAAAAUUAAAAAUAAAACAAAGAUCUGUCAGAGGACCACCAUGGAACAACUACAACAACAACAACCCAGGUUUAACUUGAAGGGAGGCAAGUCCAACGUCCCUGGUUGAAGACAGGUGGGGGCAUCUCUUCAAGGAAAGCACUUGUCAAAGACUGGGUCAGCGCUAUAUAGCAAUAUUCCGAAGUUUGCUGAAACUUUUCUAUUUCACCUGGGAAACUGACCCCCUUCCAACUGAAUUUCUCUUCCUUCUCCAAACUGAGAUCCAUGAUGAGAAAGUAGCACAAUUUAGAGACACCAUCCAUUGGCUUGAGAAAUCUUUCCGCCUUCCAGGAGGGGAGGGGAAGACUUUGAUACAGUCAGGAUUAUUCCUGUUAUUACGAGGAUUAUUAUUAUUUUGUUUUGCUACAACUUUUCAGAAUGUUCUCUAGUCACUCAAUCUAUGAACAACAGAAGGCUGAAACUGAGAGCAAAGACCGACAGGGCAUAAUCCUGAUGAGUGUCCGGUUGUUUUUGGUACCACCGCUUAACAAAGCAAGCAAGCAAGCAAAAAAAAAAACGUGGAGAUCACACAUCUCGCGUUACGAAAGAGCAGAGACUCUUGUGCAAACUUUACAAGACUGUUACCAUUCAAGGAAUUACUAAGACUUUCUCAUCAAUUGAAAAGCUUUGUGUUUUUCAGUCUUAUGUCAUCCGUUUUUCCAGAUUCGUACAGGCCAAGAGUGACAUGGUCAGGAACCCCUUAUCCUGCCCUAAACCCUUCAUCCCACAGCUGUGCACUCAAGUUAGUUUCUCUCCAGCCUGCUUGGCAUUUUUUUUUCUUAACCUAGUUAAUUAUUCCAAGUUUUCAAUUACUUUGGGACUGACAAUAACUAAGCGUGGGUGGUGCCUUUACUGUAUUAUUAAUGUUUGAUGACUGUCUUGUUUUUAAGUGAAAUCUGUACCGAUUUCAGAUGCUUCCCUCACCUCUAAGGCUUCUAUUCCCAAAUGUCCUUCUUUCUUUUCCUUUUUUUAAAGCUGAGAACGUCACAUUUUACAAUGGAUUUUGUGUUGUUUUGUUUGCAAAGCCUGGAAUUGUCAUUCCUUCAUGGUCUUUUCUCCUGUUGAAAACUGACUUCCUCUGCCCUCUGAUUUUCGGAGUAUUUUGUUGUUGCUGUUUAUGUUCCCUUAAAACUUGUUUAAGUCUGUUUUGAAUAUUUCUC